AUACCAACGGCGCAUGCCCACUUAGUCACCAUGCAGGGAGGCUUUGCGUUCGAUUUGUGUGCAAGAAACGCUCUGCUUGAAGAGAAAGGUCUGAAAGCGCCGAAACCAGUGAAAACGGGAACAACAAUCGCUGGCCUCGUUUUCAAGAAUGGAGUUGUCCUGGGCGCAGACACGCGAGCCACAGAGGAUACGAUAGUUGCCGAUAAGAAUUGUAGUAAAAUACACUACCUUGCUUCAAAUAUUUAUUGCUGUGGAGCGGGAACGGCCGCUGAUACUGAGAAUGUCACCAUGUUGACGUCAUCACAAAUCGAAUUACAUCGACUGAACACAGGAAGAAAGGCUCGUGUUGGUAUGGCGUGUCGUGUGCUCAAGCAGUACCUUUUCCAGUAUCAAGGAUACAUCAGUGCUGCUCUUGUGUUGGGUGGUGUUGAUAUCACUGGACCUCAUCUGUAUAGUAUUUAUCCUCACGGCAGUACAGACACGUUGCCGUAUGUGACGAUGGGAUCGGGUUCACUUGCUGCGAUGGCUGUGUUUGAGGCACAUUACCAUCCUGACAUGGAGGAGGAGGAUGCCAAGUUAUUGGUACGCAAUGCGAUAGCAGCCGGAGUUUUCAAUGAUUUGGGUUCUGGUACCAACAUUGACUUGUGUGUUAUCACGGCUGACAAGACAGACUACCUCAGACCUUUUGAUGAAGCCAAUGUGAAAGGAGAGAGACAAGGAGACUACAGCUAUAAGAGAGGAACAACAGCUGUUUUGCAUGAGCGUGUCGUUCCUAUUCCAUUUGAAGUGACAGACGAGCAAGUGAGACAGCUGGGAGAGGAACGAAUGGAGACAUAGAGAUUAAUGUAGAGGAAAUGGAUGGUGAUAGAAAACCUGGGUGUUGAAUAUAUUGAUGGUAAUAAGGAGAGAAAAUGAUGCA